AUGGCGGCGGCAGCCCGUCUGCAGCGUCUCUGCACCCGGCACCGUGAUCUAAAGCCGCAAGCGGCUAGCCAGGCCGCCCUGGGAGCUCCGCCUCCGCCAGCGGGACCCAGCACGCUGCCUGGAGCCGUGCUCAGGGGGCCCAGGCCUGCUGGAGGCGUGGGGGCUGCCGCCUUCCGCCCCAAGAACCCCACGGGCCCUGCGGCGCAGUACCAGAGGCCUGGCAGGUGACCAGGCAGUCAGAUGCCCAUGGCUGGCUUGCAGGUGGGACCCCCUGCCAGCUCCCCAUUUGGCGCAGCUGCUUCACUUCGACCUGGCAUGCCACCCACCAUGAUGGACCCAGUCCGAAAACUCCUGCUUGUGCCCCAGGACCAGCCCCGGAUGCCUGCCCAGCGCCAGGGGUUAAAGAGGAGGAAGGUGGCAGAUAAAGUUCUACCUCAGCGAACUUGGGAGCUUGUCCCAGAGCCUCAGGCAUGCAUGGAUCUCUUGGCUUUUGAGCGGAAGCUGGACCAGACCAUUGCUCGAAAGCGGAUGGAGAUCCAGGAGGCCAUCAAAAAGCCUCUGACGCAAAAACGAAAGCUGCGGAUCUAUAUUUCUAAUAUGUUCAGUCCCAGCAAGGCAGAAGGUGAUAGUGCAGGAACCGCAGGGAUCCCGGGGGGAAACCCCGCAGGGGACAAGGUGGCUUCCUGGGAACUCCGAGUAGAGGGAAAACUGCUGGAUGAUCUUAGGAAACAGAAGAGGAAAUUUUCUUCAUUCUUUAAGAGCCUCGUCAUUGAGCUGGACAAGGAACUGUACGGGCCUGACAACCACCUGCUGGAGUGGCACCGGAUGCCCACCACCCAGGAGACAGAUGGCUUCCAGGUGAAACCGCCUGGAGACCUCAACGUCAAGUGCACCUGCCUGCUCAUACUGGAUCAUCAGCCUCCCCAGUACAAGUCGGACCCCCGACUGGGGAGGCUGCUGGGGGUGCACACACAGACGAGGGCUGCCAUCAUGCAGGCCCUGCGGCUCUACAUCAAACACAACCAGCUGCAGGACGGUCACGAGCGGGAGUGCCUCAACUGCAACCGGUACUUCCGCCAGAUCUUCAGUUGUGGCCGACUGCGUUUCUCUGAGAUUCCCAUGAAGCUAGCCAGGUUGCCGCAGCAUCCAGACCCCAUUGUCGUCAACCAUGUAAUUAGCUUGGACCCUAACAACCAGAAGAAGACAGGCUGUUAUGACAUUGAUGUGGAGGUGGAUGACCCACUCAAGGCCCAGAUGAGCAAUUUUCUGGCCUCUACCACCAAUCAGCAGGAGAUUGCCUCCCUUGAUGUCAAAAUCCAUGAGACCAUUGAGUCCAUCAACCAGCUGAAGACCCAGAGGGAUCUCAUGCUCAGUUUUAGCACUGACCCCCAGGACUUCAUCCAGGAAUGGCUCCGUUCCCAGCGCUGGAACCUCAAGAUUAUCACUGAUGUGAUUGGGAAUCCUGAGGAGGAGAGACAAGCUGCUUUCUACCACAAGCCCUGGGCCCAGGAACCAGUGGGGAGGCACAUCAUUGCCAAGGUGCAGCAGCAAAGGCAGGAACUGGAACAGGUCCUGGGAACCCACCUGACCUAACUGCUCAGGGAUCCCUUCCUUUCUUCCCAGCCCUGGAGCCACCCCUUCCUCAGCCUGGAAGGGGACCACCCUCUGGGGCACAGACAUGUAGGAUGAGGGGGUGAGGGGUGUCUCCUGUCACCCUCUGCUCCCCAGCUUUAGUUUCAUAAGUGUAGUGAUAGGAUUCCUUGUUGCUUGGUCCCCAAAGCCUUACUACUUACACGUUGGCUUUAAUUGGAUUCACAGCAGAGGCCUCCUCUGCCCCCUGCAGGCAGGCCCAAGUAGGACCUGGAGGCCGUGCUUUGACAUCAUAAUGGAGACCUUUCAGAACCAAAGGCCCCUGGCUUUGCUUGUUUACUGACCCCCCUGGGGCGAGUGUCAGCGCUGGCUCUGGGGAGCUUUGCGAGGAAGAGGGGCACAGCUCACCCUCUUCCUAGCCUUUCCAAACCAAAGUUCUUUGCCAUUCCUACCAGCCCAGCCUUGCUGCUGUUUUUUUUUUU